CAAUAACUUUUCCUUUUGCCCAUCUAACGGCUUCCAGAGCAGCUACAACUUCAGUGCGAGCCUGGAAUCUGGAUAUCUUUUACCCCAUCGAAUGAGGAGAGAAUAGCUUCUUCUUCAAAAAUCUCAGUCUCUCCCAUUACUAAAUCAAAAGCUGCUUAAACCCAGAAUAAAACCAGAGCGAUGAGACGAAGUAUACUGAAAUAUGCUUCUUCAUCUUAUCGCCAUUUUCAAUCUCCUUCUGUAAACCCCAAAGCAAACCCUAUUUUCUCACUUCUUCCUCUCUCUUCUUCUUCUGCUUCAUCCAAGUUCAGAUUUUUCUCUUCAGAAAAUGACGAUUCAUCCAAUCCUCCUACUGAUCCCAGCUCGAUCUCUACUCCUGCAUCCAUCUUAGCUCAGUUAGAGGAGAAAAAUUCUCUCGAUGAGGUCAAAGAUGUGGACACUAAAGAGUUUAAGAAGAUGAUAAAUGAUUACAUGAAAGGAGAUGAGGAAAAGCUACCAUCAAUAAUGGAAGCUAUUAUGUCUAGGAGAUUAUCAGGGAAACAUGAGGAAACUGAUGAUGAGUUAAUGGUAGAGCUUGAGAAAAAGCCAUUGACUGAUGUGAAAGAUGCAGAGUUUGAAAAUGAUUUUGAACAUCUUUAUAAAACUGAUGAGGAAAUUGAGAAUCUGUAUAAUGCUCCGGAAUUAGUUGAGAAGAGACUCUCUAAAGAUGAAUUCUUUAAUAUGGACAACCGCAAAUGGGACGGAAUGAUUAAGGAAGCGACGGAGAAAGGGUUUCUUAAGGAUACUAAGGAGUGUGAAGAGAUUCUUGAGGAUAUGCUUCACUGGGAUAAGCUACUUCCUGAUGAAAUAAAGGCAAAGGUGGAGGCGAAGUUCAAGGAGCUUGGGGAUAUGUGUGAAAAGGGAGAGCUUGAUCCUGAGGAAGCUUAUAGAAUGUUCAAGGAGUUUGAAGAUUCAAUGGUAUUGGAAUGCACGGAAUUGAUGGAAAAAGAGAAGCACACAGAGUCUGACCUGCCCGCCCUGCCAGAUAAGUGUACAAGCCUAGACGAUCCUCCUGGGGAGGGACCAAUCUUAAGGUGGCAGUCAAGAGUGGUCUUGGCUCCUGGAGGUGAUGCAUGGCACCCUAAAAACAGGAAAGUGAAACUGUCUGUCACUGUGAAAGAACUGAAGCUUUCCAAGCAUGCUUGCCACCGCUUGAGAGCCUUAGUUGGGAAACGUUACCAUUCAGGAAAGGAUGAGCUUACAAUCACCAGUGAAAGAUUUGAGCAUAGGGAGGAAAACAGGAAGGAUUGUUUAAGGACUCUAUAUUCCCUGAUUGAAGAAGCCAUGAAAGCAGAUACAUAUGUGGAGGAGACUCGUGUUUCUUAUGUCAAGGAGAAACUCAAGGGUAACCCAAAGUUCAUGGAAAGAUUACGAGCAAAAAACAUGGCCAAGCUGGGUUCUCAUGAUGCUGUUGCUCUGUGAGGGUUCGUUGCAAUUGGGACUUGCUUAGAUUUUUCGUGCCAGAAAUAAAUUUUUGACAAGGCCCAGUUUUUAUCUUCUGGUUGCGCUUUAUUUUAUUCUGUAUACCUGUAUGACAUUUUUGUCAUAAGUUGGCAGAAUAUUUAUGAUUCUUUACCAAAUGAAUUCAUUUACCAGGUUUUAAUGGUUCAUGUGAUACCAUAGAACAGAUGCAUCACCUUUGAAAUUAGUAAUUGGAAGUAGCUUUUAUUAGCUUGAAAAUUUGUGCCA